CAGUUGACCCAGUCUCUGGGUCAGUCAUAAAGUAUAAUCAACCAUCACCACUGUGCACCUCCCCCAGCCCAGAUCUUCUGAUUGCUGAGCCUGGGGUCGGGAGGAGCCGCCCUUCCCAGGCACCAUCAACCAAAUGCAUGCCUCCACCAGACUGCAGAGAAGCCUCAUGAAUUUUUCACAAGAUUCAUCUAAUAGUGGCUGAGCAGAGCCGAGAAAGCCACAUCCCCAGUGCCUGUGCCAGCAGCUUGCAAAGAGUUAACCCAUUAGGCCACAUCCUGGUGAGCUCAUCCCUGCUGGAGCCUGCUCCGUUGCUGGGAUUCACAGCACACUGACUUCUGGAUGUGGCCAGGGUGGCUUUCUCUGGCUGGGAUGAAGGACUGGAGCAGGAACUUAUCGCCACCUUCCUCUCUGAGCAAGCACCCAGUGGGUCCCGGGUCCCCCAUCCUCCCUUGGGACAUCGAGGACAGUGCCAGUCCUGAGCGGCCAUGACGAUGGAGACUCUCCCGAAGGCCCUGGAGGUAGACGAGAAGUCUCCAGAAUCCAAGGAUCUGCUGCCCAGCCAGACGGCCAGCUCCCUGUGCAUCAGCUCCCGAAGUGAGUCUGUGUGGACCACCACUCCCAGGAGUAACUGGGAAAUCUACCACAAGCCCAUCAUCAUCAUGUCGGUGGGCAGCGCCACCCUGCUCUUUGGGGUGGCCAUCACCUGCUUGGCCUACCUCUUGAACGUGGAUGAUAAGACCAAGGUGGUCCUCAAGAUGAUAGGGCCCGCCUUCCUGUCCUUGGGACUCAUGACGCUGGUGUGUGGGCUGGUGUGGGUCCCCAUCAUCAAAAAGAAACAGAAGCAGAGACAGAAGUCGAGUUUCUUCCAAAGCCUCAAGUUCUUCCUCCUGAAUCGCUGAUGGUGGCUUGACCAAGAGGAGAUCCCGUGAUCACUACUUUCACAUCCCCAUUUCCUCCUUGGGAUGCCAGAGAUGGAGGCAAACCCUGUUCUUAGCGCCCCCUGGGAAAGAGAGCUCAGGGCUCCACCCAUGUGCAGCCUGGAAGCGCUGCUGGCUGAGUCUCCACUGUUGCUGAUGCUUCUUUCAGAUCCUUUCUUUGCUCUCUUGCCCUUCUCUCACAUCCGGACAUCAUCGGACUUUCUCUGCCAAGGGCAGUGCAUGCUGGGAAACUCCCUGGGGGUGGGCUACACCCCAAGGAGAAACUCACGUUUACAUAUCUGAGUGCCUGAGCUGGAUUCCGCAUUUGCAUCUUUCUGGAACCAAAACUGACCAAAAGAAGUCCUUUACGGAGGAGGAGGGAAGGCUGAAUUCUGGCCCGCUGGGCUUAAGAGCUCCAACUUCCUUUGGCAGUCAAGACACUAACUUGUGUUUCAGGAGACCAAACAAGUCACAAGUAGAAAACAUUCCACAGACUGAACCCUGGAGGGGGGUUGGGGAAAUACACUGUCCAGGAAGGCACAUCCCUCUGGACAUGGCUCUGAGUGAGCCAGCUGAGGACAUUUCAUACUCGAUAAUAGAGAAUUUACACUGCAGACAAGGGGCUAGGCUAGGACUGUCAAAGUUCCCCUUGAUUUACCAACUCCCUUCUCACUCUCUGCUUUCACCCUGACAAUUAGCCAAGGACAAAUGCAUGAUGUCCCAACUUCCUCUUUCCCUUCCCUCCCCAACCCCAUCUCCUCUACCCGAUUUCCAGAACAGCAAGAUGGAAACUUGCAGAGGGAUUCUGUAAGAUGAUAUUCCUCUUCAUCUUUCUCGAAAUGAAAAUGGAAUCAAUCCUUUGCCACAUCUGAAAUUGUCGGUAGAGUUCCAAAGAGGGAAUUCACUCUAGAAAACCCUACCUUCUCUUAUCCCUGUCCCAGCCCACCAAACAAGAAAAUAUUUAACAAGUCUCCCUGAUCUGGGCCAAACCCUGGGUUGUGAGCAAGCUAGGCACGGUCCCUGCUUCCAUCCUGCUUCCCAAAGUGAGAGACGCAGUCAAGCCAACUCGCACUUAGAACAUCCUAUGCCGGGUUCUUGGGGGGUAGUUGUGGGAACAUGAGAGGUGUUUAACCUAAACUGAGGAGAGGGCAGAGAGAUUUCCUGGAGGCAAGGUCAUCCAAGAUGAGAACCGAAGGGAACAAGAAAAAAAGAAAAAGUUAGCAAAAGGGGAAAGAAAAAGUAUUUGAGGAAGCAGGAACUAACCGCCUUACAUGUACAGAAACUUGGGGCGGGGGAAGGGAGCGUGAUAAAAUUAGGAUUCUGCAUGCCACUUCCCUAAACUCCCAGAUGUUCUGUUUCACCCCGUCUCUCAGCCUGCUCCCACCUGCUUUCCCAAGUGCCUUAGGUGCAUCUUCUCCUGGGGGCACAUUGCUGUCCUCCUGGAGUCUAUUGGGGCUGGAAGUAGGUCUCCAGAGGGCCACCGAGCAGAGGGUGCCCACAAGAUAAGUGCUCCUGAAACUUCCUGUAGCAACCAAGAGGCCCUUAGAUGGAAGACUAGGAGAAGCACCUGUGAGGCCACUGCACUAGGCCAGGCCAGAGACCCAGAGGGCAGCGGUGGAUGCUGAGGUGGGAGGACAGCUGCACUAGAAUCACUCCCUUAACUCCUCAGCCUUCCAGCUUCUCGAAUCUCCAUGGCAACCUCUCUCCAAUCAGCCUCCAGGUGUCUCCAUCCUUCACAGUGGUUCCAUAUGCAGAGUCCCAAUCCAUCCUGUUCCUGCUGCAUUGUGGGAAAUUCCAUGGAGGCAAUGGAUACCCUCAACCUCCCUACCUGAGAGUCCAGGGAGCCCGUAGCCUUUCAGGCUCACCUAGGAUAGUCAUGUCCUGACCCAUGUCAGCAUGGCCAAGUAUUCAUUCCAACUCACAAAUCCCCUGCCCACAGGUGGGUCAGGACUAAUGUUGGAGUUGUUGCAAGUGCUAUGUCACUAAUUGAAUUUCUAUUCCCUCAAGUGACAGGACUUGCAGACCAUUUCCCUUUCUUCUGAUAUCAACACAGAUCUAAGACCAGCCUGUAAUAUUGCUCCUGCAUUCCCAAAGCUCGCCUCAGUGGGAGUACUCAGGAUGGGCUCCCAGCUGGUGCACCUGAAAUCUGCACUCUGCACGCCUCCUUUCAUCAGCCCGAGAGCUUGGACUCUGGGCGUAGCUGUGGGAGGAGGACCUUUGCGGAUGUUCCUAUCCUGCAUGUCUAAGUGGAAGGAAGUUUGGGUACCACCAUGACUUCAGCAGUAUCUGCCCCCAUUUCCUGCUCCUCACGCUAAAUGUUUAGCAGAGAAAAAUGAGAAAAGGCUAUGAAGAAAAAUCCUGAGCAUCCACUAGGAUUCCCCCAUGUGAGUGUGAGCCAGGGAAUAUGCUAGGGACACCCUGAGACAGGACCUCUUAGAGGCUUUUGUCAAAGAUCAUUGCCCCUGAUGGAUGCCUGAGGUGUUGGAUGGACCUGUGUGAGCGUAGGCAGCACAUACGUCCUGUUUCCCUUGCAGUGACCGUUUUCAUGCCUGUGGAUGGAAGGACAGGACCAGCAUCUGUGUUUUCAGCUCACUGAUUUGUGUUAUUGGCCCCUCCUCCCUAUAGCUGUUCUGUUUUGGAGACUUCGAUCUAAUCAGAAGCCUAAAGGAAUCAAUGUCAUGUCAUGUUGAAUUAUAUUCUAUUUAAUGGUG